AUGGUCAAUGUUAAUGGAGCCUACUUCCAUAAGGAUGAUGUGCCAAAUGUUGCUCUUACUGCUGAUUCUGAAGAUGAAGAGAUGGUUGUUGCUGAUGUUGUUGCUCGUGUUGGAGGGACUUCUUCUGGUGCCCAUUGUCGCCGCCGUCAGAAGAGGCG